AUGACAUUUUUAUUUGCUGGACAUGAAACUACAAGUAAUGCAACAAGUUGGGCUUUAUACUUACUUGCACAACAUCCAAACGUACAAGAUUUAUUACGUGACGAAUUAGUUAAAGCUUUUCCUGAUAAAUCAAAAUUUAAUCCCACUUUCGAGGAAAUCAAUUCUUUGGAAUAUUUGAAUUGCGUAAUUAAAGAAACAUUAAGAUUAUAUGCUCCAGUUACUGCUAUGCGACGAACUAAUAUCAAUGAUAAAAUGCUUGGUGAUAUCUUCAUUCCAAAGAAUACUGUAAUUGAUAUUCCAAUUGCAACGCUUCAACGAUUACCUUCAAUAUGGGGGCCAACGGUUGAAGAUUUUGAUCCAACAAGGUGGUUAAAUCCUUCAUUAACUGAAAAUGUGACAAAUUAUAAUUAUAUGCCUUUCGGAGCUGGUAUUAGAUCCUGUAUAGGUAACAAAUUGGCCUUAAGUGAAUUUAAAAUAUUAUUAAGCUGGAUUUCUUCUUAA